CUUUGCAGACGGUCCCUGGUCGGGGUGUGUUGUGUAUUGGCAGUGGGGCGGCUCCGACUCCCUGACGCCAGUGAGACCAGAUCAAUCCAGGUUGCCGUGCAGGAGGAGGAGGGAGCUUCUCAUCCCGGGCUGCUGCUGCUGAAGGCAUGCGAGCGGCUUCCCUGCAUCGCUGCACACACCGACCCGCCGCCACCGCUUGGUGACUGACCCCCCGCCCGCCGGCCAAGCAGCAGAUGCUGCUGGUUUACUAAGAACUUCAGACACCGACUCCUGCGCUGGAACCGGUCUUCUAGCCAAGAUACAAGGAUCAGAAACCUUUCGUAUUCUCGUAAAGUUGGACUGGACAAGUGUUGUGACAUUUGAGCUAUGAAUGUGACCAGCUUAUUCUCCUUCACUAGCCCUGCAGUGAAGAGACUACUUGGUUGGAAGCAGGGGGACGAGGAGGAAAAAUGGGCUGAGAAAGCAGUGGAUGCAUUAGUGAAAAAGCUUAAGAAGAAGAAAGGGGCCAUGGAGGAGCUGGAGAAAGCCCUGAGUUGUCCUGGGCAGCCCAGCAAUUGUGUCACCAUUCCCCGCUCUCUGGAUGGCAGGUUACAAGUUUCACAUCGGAAGGGUCUCCCACAUGUCAUUUACUGUCGAGUGUGGCGCUGGCCGGAUUUACAGAGUCAUCACGAACUCAAACCCUUGGAAUGCUGCGAAUAUCCCUUUGGCUCUAAACAGAAAGAAGUCUGCAUUAAUCCUUACCACUACAAGCGGGUAGAGAGCCCUGUGCUUCCUCCAGUCCUUGUUCCGAGGCACAGCGAGUACAACUCGCAGCACAGUCUUCUCGCUCAAUUCCGUACCAUGGAGCCCAGUGAGCCCCACAUGCCACACAACGCCACUUUUCCAGAUUCUUUCCAGCAGCCAAACAGCCACCCUUUUCCACACUCGCCCAACAGCAGUUACCCAAAUUCUCCUGGAAGUAGCAGUACCUAUCCCCACUCUCCAGCAAGUUCAGAUCCAGGAAGUCCCUUCCAGAUCCCAGCUGACACCCCACCUCCAGCUUAUAUGCCUCCUGAAGAUCAGAUGACCCAGGACAACUCUCAGCAAAUGGAAACCAACAUGAUGGUGCCUCCCAUCUCUCAAGAAAUUAAUCGAGCAGAUGUUCAAGCUGUUGCUUAUGAGGAGCCAAAACACUGGUGUUCUAUUGUCUAUUAUGAGCUGAACAAUCGAGUAGGAGAGGCGUUCCAUGCCUCCUCCACAAGUGUGUUGGUGGAUGGUUUCACCGAUCCUUCCAACAACAGGAACAGAUUUUGCCUUGGGCUCUUGUCCAACGUCAACCGCAACUCCACCAUCGAGAACACCAGGCGGCAUAUUGGGAAAGGUGUCCAUUUGUACUAUGUUGGAGGUGAAGUGUACGCAGAGUGCUUGAGUGAUAGCAGCAUCUUUGUUCAGAGUCGAAAUUGUAAUUACCAUCAUGGCUUUCAUCCUACAACUGUAUGCAAGAUUCCUAGCGGAUGCAGCUUGAAGAUCUUCAACAACCAAGAGUUUGCUCAGCUUCUGGCCCAGUCGGUAAAUCAUGGAUUUGAGACGGUCUACGAACUUACUAAGAUGUGCACUAUUCGAAUGAGCUUUGUUAAGGGGUGGGGAGCAGAGUAUCAUCGCCAGGAUGUUACUAGCACCCCCUGCUGGAUCGAGAUUCACCUUCAUGGCCCUCUUCAGUGGCUGGAUAAAGUACUUACUCAGAUGGGCUCCCCCCAUAACCCAAUCUCAUCUGUGUCUUAAUUGGAACUGGACAUUUCUGGAUGCUAUGGAGCCAUGCAUGUACUUGAAGGAUGUAUGCAUCAGACACAUACUGGCAAAGGAGGGGACAAUUUUCUUUUUUCAUUUUAUUUUUUAUUUUUUUCGUAUACAGUUUGGGAGCCUCUAUUACUUGAUGUUUGUGACCAACUCAGCGCAAGAGGGGUAGAGGGUCGCUACUUUGAGAUGUGGCUCAAUUUUCACAGCAGCUAAUUCUUCUUUUUUUUUUUUCUUUUUUUUUUUUUGGAUAUAACGGUAUAGCAUUGUAAUUUAAACCAUGCUGUGUAAAGUAUUAACUAAAGCAGAUUUCCUUCUGGCUGUAUAGUAGAUAUGAGAUUUAGCCCAAACUUUGCUGUUCUAGAUUGGCAACAUUCUCGGCACUUGAUAUACCCCCCCAUAUUGAACUGCGCCAUUGUAUUUCAGCUAUGUUAAAAUACAUUUUAGUAGUAGUUGUACAUGAUGGGGGGGGAAAUAACGUGUCACUUAAAUGUGCAUUGUCCAUCAGGAUGUUAGGAGAAGCUCCUUGCUGUUUGUACAGAUUUUUAAUGACCCUGCCCCCACCCUUUUACGAAGCAUAAAAUAGUUAGGAUGGACUAGGUGAGAUUUGAAGGUUCCAUGGUCUAAAUUGUUUAAAAAUGUGAGCACAGCUUUGAAGGCCUUUUUUAACAUUUGCUGUGUUUUGUAAUGCACCUCUUGCUUUCUUUUGUAACUUUAUGCGGUCAGUUGGGUGCCACAGGUAGGUACAUACAACUGAUUGAAUGAAGUGCAAGCAUUUUUUUUCUCUUGGCGGUAACCAGCCUUGGUUCCUUUCAUCUUUUCAUGAAUAGCCUAGCUAACGUGCUUUACUGUCUUUUUGGAGGGUCUUGCAGUUUUAUGACCCACCUUCCUGUAUUGUAACACUACUGCAGUGUCCUAGACCUUGGCUUUAACUGCUAGUGUAGGAGAAAGCAAUGGUUAAAAAAAAUACUAAAAUAUUGCACCUCCUUUAGUAAUGGACAGCUGAAAAACACUUCUGCUGAGCUUACAGUGGACAUUUAAAAAUCCAAGGUUUACUCACUUACAGACUUAUUCUUUUUCCCUUUUUUUAUGAUGUUACUUUUUGUACUAUUUUUGUUUUCCUUUUAUAUUCACAGUUAAGCUGUAGUACUUCGCGAAAGUACUUUUAUUCCAAAUCUAGUGGAUGGUGUUUACUAGAAAUUUAAAUAAACAGUCAUUAUUGCUUACCUAUA